AUGCGGGACUCGUUGAUAAUCUCUGAUUUGACUGGCGAGUCUGUUCCGGCACUGCUCUCUGACAGGUCCACCUCCAGAUUUGGAAUAAAAUACUUGAAUAUAUCGUUAAUGUUUUCUCCGGACGUUCCCAGUAGGCGCAAUCCGUCGAUCUCAAACCACGUAGGGUUGGUUGCGCGUUUGAAGUUGGUAAACUGGCCCGCGGAGCUGAAGAACGACGGGUGCAACGGCUGUUUGGGCAAGCUGCUUUCGCUGGGGUCGGAGUCGCCAGGCAUUAUGGUCACAGGGACCGAAUUGAGCAGUUCCGAAACAAACCUGUCCAGUUGUUUGAGCGCGUCGGCAUCGUAA